AUGCUUAGAUCAAAACCGCCAUCAGUAGUAAAAAAGAAAACUGAUGAUGUUAAUCGAUCGGAUUCAGAUACAUCAUUGGAAAAAUAUUAUCACGACGAGGAUAAUAUGUCAUCAUCAUCAACAUCAACAACAUCAAAAUCAUCUCCUUCAUUAGAGCCAAAGAAAAUGUUUCUUAAAAAGCCAACGGCAAAAAAAGAUGAACUCAAAUUUGGAGAUGAGAUUAAAUUAGCUUCAUUUAAUGAUAAUGACCCCUUAAGACCUGGAAUAAAAAGACCAUUAAAUCCAUUAGCAAAACCAGAUAUACAACUAAGUUUUGUUUCUGAGUCACUUGGUAGUACAAUACCUGCUGAACAUAGAAAAGAUGAAACACCUAUGUCAACGAUGAAAUUUGGCUCCGAUACACUUGAUGAAGAGCAAGAAAAAGCAGAAUUUUUUCGAAACUUUGAAAAGACCAAAGGCGAAAAACUUAUUGAUUAUGGUGAAUUGAAUCAACAAAUUGAAGUCGAUCUAUCACCAGCACGACAUGGAACAGUAAUAGAUUCAUUUGAUAAUCAAAUUCAUCAAGUGAGUACACCACUUCAUCAUAAACCUAACCACAGUAUUAUUAAAGAAUCUAUAUCGAAUGAACUUGAUCGUGAAAUUGAACAUGAAGAACAAAAGAUGAAUGCAACGGCAACAAUCAAACAUGUCACUAUUGUUGAGCCUUCAAUUCGACCGUCAGCAUCAGUAGAUGAUUUUAGUCGAACAAAUAAAACAAUUUCAGAUCAACUUUCAACAACAAGUGAAACAGCACGUGAUUUGAAUAUGUUACAUAAUGUUUAUAAACAAAAUCUAAACUCCGGACCAACAACAUCACAUUUAUCUAAAGCUCAGAAAUUUGAUCCAAACAAGAAAACGCAACAACAAAAAACAACAAUAAUUAAAAAUUAUACAAAACCAGCUAUUCAAACACCAACGAAGAAAGGAUCGCCAAGUGCUGCCGUUCGUCCAAAAACUGCACCAGUACCAACACCAACGCUCAAAGAUAAUAAAAAUAAUGAUUCUGCAUUAAUUGAGCAACUAAAACUUGAGAAUGAAUCAUUAACAACAAGGAUGGAAUCAUUGAAAAAGACUCACGACGACGAAUUACGUAACGUUAGACAAGAAAAUUUUACUCUUAAAGCAAAAAUUACACAAUUAACAUCAACGAGUACUGAUGAAAAAAAAGAACCUAUUCCACCUAAACAACGUGAAGUUCACGAAUUAGAAAAAUUACUUGAUGGUUAUCAAACAGAAAAUGAAAAACUUUGUAAACAAGUUAAACAAAUCGAACAACAACACAAACAAGUCGAGCAAUCAAUGUUUAAUGAAAAUGAAAAACUUCGUCAAGAAUUAAUUCAAACCAAAAUGCUUCUGGAACAAUAUGAAAAUUCAAAUAUGGGAGCAAUUAAAAAGCAAUCGUCGACGAUUGUUCUAACAAAUUUAGUUAAUAGUGGUAAUGAUAAGACUAGCAUUUUAACUGAAAACCAACAGCUCAAAAAUGAAAUUGUUGCUUUGAAAAAUAAAUUAACAGUUGCAUUAAACAAAGAACAACAUAAAGUUGAAGAGAAUGAUUCAUUACGUUUAUUAGAUCAAAGACGUAUUAAAGAUCUCGAAAGACAAGUAAAAGAAUUAGAAUUAAUCAAUCGUCGUCAUCAACAAAACUCAAUCACUCAAGUAGGAAUGGUAUUAAAUCCAUUGGAUGAUAGAAAUCAACUAGAAAUUAAAUUACAUAAAACUGAAGAAGCACUACGUGAAAAACAAAUAAUUGAAGAAAAACUUAUACACGAAUUAGAUGCUCUUCAAGAAAAAUAUUCUUUAAUAAAACAAAUCUAUACAAAUAACGGACAACAAACGACAGUAAAUGAUCAAUUUGAAAAGCAACUUCAUGAUGUAAUGACUAAAAAUAAAAGUUUAUCUGGACAAAAUCAUCUAAGACGCGAAAAUGAACGCUUAAAAAAUGAAUUAGAAAAGUUGAAAACCGAACAAGUACCAAAACCAGCAAAAUCUUUAAAACGCGAUUUAGAAACAAUUAAAUUAUUACGAACAGAUCUUGAACGAAAAAAUGAUGAAUUAGAAAAACUUCGUGCUUUAUAUGAUGCUGCUACUGUUCAACAUAAAAGUCUUCUAGCUGAACGUGAACGUGAAAAAACUCGUUUAGCAAUCAUGGGGAAUAAACCCUAUCAACCAGAUCGAUUCACACAAGUUCUGUCGCCUAUUGAAACAGUUCAUGAAGAAAAUGAACAACUGAAACAUUUGAUAGAAAAAUUAGAACAUGAUUCGCAACAACAACAUGCUGAAUUAAUGCACUUGAGAGAUGAUCGACAAGCAGUCAUUACUUUAGCAGUUCGAGAAAAAGAGGAAGAAAUCUCACGCAUUCGUCAACAACAUAAAUCAGAAAUGCAAACAAUUAUUAACGAAAUUACUAAUAAUAAUACAGCUGAAACUCGUGUUAGUGAUCUUCUUCGAAAACUUGAAUUACAAGAUGCAACUAUUAUGCGUCUUAAAAAAUUAACUGAAAAUACUGAUGAAAAUGCAAAAGAACUAGCAAUGCUACGUGCUAAUGAAGAUGAAUUGAAAUCUAUGAUUAAUCGACUUGAGCAAGAAUUAUCCGAUGCCCGAACAUAUCACACACCUGAAAUGAAACAUUUUCAAGAACUACAAAAUAAAAUAAAUCAAUUAGAACAACGUUGGCAUAAACGAGAUAAAAUAACAAAAGAUUAUACAAGUAGUUUAAUAAAACAACAUGAUUUAGAUACAAAUAAUGAUGUCAAUAAAUUGCAUGCGAUUAUUAAACAAAAAAAUCAAGAGAUUGAACGAUUUCAUAUUGAACUUGAUUCAAUGUUAGAAUUACUAAAAACACUAAAAUUUCAACAAUUGUUACAUAAUCAAUAA